AUGACGCUUUUGUGAAACUUUGAUAUUAAACUACAGUGACUGAAAAAUAUACCUAAUCAUAUUUGGAAAACAUGUUUGUCAUAUUGAACAAACUUUAAAAACAUUCUCAUAAUUAUUCACCUUUCUCUUGCAAUAAAUAUUAUCAUCGAGUUUCUAAAAAUGUGAAAUGUCAAGUUACAGAUUCUCUUCAAGAUUCAACUACUAAUCUAGUCAAAACCUUCCAUCUCUGCUACUUCACUUCAUUUUCAUCCAGUUACAGGUAAGUUCUUUUCUUCCGAAACAGUGCCUCUUUCUCUAGAAUAAACCGCUCCCCACCUCGUCCCUAUUCAUUUUAUAGUAGUUAUGCCUAUUUUUUCAUCGUGCCCUCUCAUCCAAAUCUCACUCGUUCCGGAGGGGAACCAGUUCAUGUAAGUGUUUGCUCAUGAUGCAUUUCGCACCGGCAGAGACGAGAUUUUUGGCGGCGGGGUAAGUAGUUGAAAAAUUCAGUCUCAGACCGCAUUGCUUUACUAUGCGUACCAAUUGAGUUCUGCCACUUUCCGUACUGCUUUAUUGAACUAGAAGAGGCAGAAUUUGAAAACGCUUUAACUGAGCACAAACCAAACUCCGGUUCUCUUCUUGUGAGCGCUUACUGACUCAAACAUCAAAAAUACUGACAAUACACAAAGUCUCGAACUUCUUCCAACUUAUAAUUUUGUAAUUUUUGCUAUGAAGUUCUCAUUUCUGUUUACUAAGAAUUCGUUAGACUCCAGGUUAUUCCCACCGUUCAGUAAAAUAAUGGUUUAUUUAUGCAACCCCGAAACGUUUUUUUGCAAAAAUUAUACCAUUUCAUUGUUUGGCAGGCGUCGGAGAAGGAGAAGAAGAGAAUUACGGCUGCACCCCCGCAUUUCUCUUCUCUUCCUCACCUCUCUUUCUCUAUUUUCCAUGCCGUUCCAUUGUUGAGGCGCUCCUCCACUCGAGAGCAAGCAACUCGUCCGCGCGCGGAAAGCUUCCCGCGCGCACCCUGUGCACCACUACCGCCUCUCUUCUUUUUGCUCUUCAUUUUCUCAUCUAGACUUAUUGAUUAGAAACUUCUUGAAUUGGUUUUGAUUCAAGUCUUGAGCAACAAUUUUUCACUGGGCUUGGCAUUAAGGCUCAUGUCUUCCGGCUCCUUGGAUCAUCCUCAUUAUGAGCAUUAGGGGGCACACCUUUGUUGACCUUCUUUUUUGACAGUGACAACUAGUCAAAUAGCAAAACGAUCGGAUAAAUGCAGGGGACGGUUGAUUCAUAGAAAGAGACACUAUUCCCAUACCUUUCCAAACUAUCCAUUACAGUUAUCUCUUCUCCUCAAGAUUACCUCGCAACUGUUCGGAUCUCGAGGCAACCGGUGGGAUGGUUUGCCAUCGAGCAACCAAGGAGUGCAAACGAAUCCCACUCUUUUCGCGUAGGCUAAACCCUUGCAAUUCAAUUUUUUCUUCUUUUUUCUUCACAUUCUCCCGCUCAAACCGAUUUUCAACUCAAAUUCAAAAGCAUUUUCAGUCAAAACGCCGCGCUUGGUCCCGAGAUUGUAAUGUCUUCCUCCUCGUCGACCAGCAAUGUUGCUCAGCUCCAACAGUUGGGUCAAGUGGCUGGAACUGGACCAGAUGAGGUCUUUCAGCACGGAACCAUCGGAAAGUUCAUCAGGAUGGAAUUGGAAGGUGAGCAAGUGAAAAAGCGGCCCUGAGGGGUAGCAUUAAAGAAAGAGAGCCAACACAAAUGAGAUGGGCAAAUAGAAAGGAAAGGCUGGAGCACAGGUUGCACUGCUCGGCUCUGUGCUCAUGGACAUGUUCGUGUGGAGCUGAGCAAAUAGCAGUAGUAGUCAUUGUUGAUGAAAUGAGGAAUGUAGAGGGGAGAGUUGUCUGGAAUGGGUUCUAACCUCAUAAUCUUCUGACAUUACUGAAUCCGAUUAACUCUUCUCAACGUCAGGCGGCUUCUCCUCGUUUGUCCGAUGCAUUUACGAAGCGAAGCGUACAAACAACAACACGGUAACGCUCGUAUGUGAACGAGAUCAAGAGUGCUGCGAGCAUGGAUGCUGUCCGAAGGAUCAACACUGGAUGGCCGGCGUCUACGUGCUUCUGGCGUUCGUGCUUCUCGUGUUCGUUGUCGGAACAUGCCUCAUGAUCUGCUGCUAUCAAAGAUCAAAAAAUCGUCAGAGAAAGGAGGAGUUGGAAGCCGCCGAGUACCGAAAUGCCGGAUAUGCACAGUCUCAGGUUGGUUAACAUUUUACUUUUCAUUUGACUUUGAGUUGUCAAACUUGGCCUAAACAAACCUAAGAAAAUUUGUAUGAUUUUUUAUUUCUCAAACUCAAACAACAUCGUUUAUUUUCAGGUCGGCGGAGGUGCCUACUCAUCCUACGGCGGUCCAACCUAUUAA